AUGCAGAGCAGAUGAAGAAUUAGCCUCUUAUUCCACUAAUAGGAUGACGCCCACUCACCUUACCCUUUAACCAUUAGCAUUUACAUUAAAAUAGGCUCGCUGAUUGGCUUAUCUGUAGUUUUAAGAGGAAACCAGAUCGAAACUUUGAGGUUUGUUCUUUUUCUCUCGCCACGGUUUGUUGGAGCCUCGGUUUUUCUCGCCCUUUCUGGGCGAUCUCGUUCUUUCCAGGCUACUUGGCAGCUAGUUGAGCCCAUUACUUUCCACUGGAAUCCAAAGGUCUAGAAGGACUGAGACUUGGCUUUCGAUGGAUUCGCCAACGAAGCUUUACCCAUCCUGUGGCCCAGAACCUUCUCAGAUGGCCAGUGAAGAAAAUUCCCAGGGAGGCUCAGCUGCCUCUCAAACCAUCUCCGAAGUAUUAAUAAAGAACCUUAGUCAAUUGACUCUCGACCCUAGUAUCAAACUUCCUUCCCCUCUACCAGAAUAUCCACCCCAACAGCAGGACACAGAGACGAAACCCCAGGGACUUGUGGACCGAAUACUCAGCAACAGGAGGAGGGGUGGAGUAAGGACUUUGUUAACUGCUCGGAAAGAAAGGAUGGAAAGGCUGAUGUGGUUUAUUAAAAAUCAUCGCUACUUCAACCAGCGUGCCACGGAUGAAUCCAGAGUAGAAAGAUUUAGAUGUAGAUGUCAUUAUUGCCUGUAUCAUAGACCUCCCGAGGAUACCAGCAUGGAGAAUAAUUAUGACAUGGAGUCUAUGUAAACAUAAACCUUAUUAUAUGGU